AAAGAACAUAGGUUGGUUUUUAUCCCGGACUUUUGAAAAAUUCUCUUGGAAACGCGAUAUAACCGAACUCUAUGCCGCGCCGGUGAAACCGCGGGCGGGAGCUGGUAUAGGCUAUAUUUUAUCCAGGUGUGGGAAAAUGGGUUCUAACCGCUGGGCGACAGCUAGUGCAUUAUUCGGAUAACUUUAGGACUUUGAGUUAUGUAUAACCUGUAUUUAAGAAAUAAUAGUUAUUGUUAUUUGAAUCUGGUUUGAAAUGAUGGCGAUGCUAAGUCUUCUAAAUAUCUUCAAGUUGAGUGAUAUUCUUGCUAAAAACGGAAUUAUUCUCAAAUAAACUAAAAAAAUGAGACAACAUUUCAGAGAUGUUUUCACUAAAAUGUGUCUUAUAUCACAGCAAUAAAAUUCAUUUUUUAUCGCCAAAACAUGACUAAAACUGAUUCAAAUAAGAUGUCGUAUAUUAUUUAGUGUUAAUUUAAAAACUAUAUCAAUAAAAUGUAAUUAAUAUUGUUAGACUAUCUUUGAUUUUGUAUUACAAUUUAUUAUGUUAUCUAACAUUCCUGUAUAUGUGUGCCACUAUGUUUCAUUUAGAGAAAGUUUCUCAACUUCAGAUAUAUCUAUAGUUCUCGCCAAACUUAAAGGCGGCUUGCAACUAACUUCCGACCACAAGUACACUUGGUCGAACUUAACAGUUCACGUCACAUAUCUUUGCUAUUCUGAAGUUUGGCGUUUGACAUAGUUCAUAGUUUUUUUGGACGAUUGUGAAGUCAAUAAUAGGUAACUUCGGACGAGCUAAGUUGUUUGAAAAUAUCUGUAAGAACAAGGAGGAUUCAAAUAGCUAACUUCAAGGCAGAGUUAAUUGGCGUGAUCUAUAUUUAGAUCCAGAUUAUUUCUUAUGUUGAACAUUUUCUGCGUCACUAUCUAAAAUCUGGCUUUGGUGAAAUCGACUUAUAAAAUUCAUGUUUGAAAAUGUAAUUUUAAGUACCUAAGUUAGCAAAAACUUUAAUCUAUUUUAUAAUACAAUAUGCCGUUUGAUAAGCUCGCCUAACCGAUAUGGUUUGCGUAUUAUUGUAAAAUUUUAUUAAAUAAAAACAAUAUAAAACUAUAUACCUAUGCUAUUUUAUUUCUUCAGUGAUUUAAGAUGUUGCCAGUUUUAGUGUUUACGUUUAUUUAUUUCCAAAUGGCGGCAGGUUCAACAGAUAUUUUGGAGUCAUUGAAUUUCACUUCAAAUCCUAUUAUGAGAAAUGCUAAAACGCUCGAUUUAACUUUUACAUUUUUCCCAAUGCUCUCGAACUACCAAGCUAACGCAGUGCCAGUGACAGAGGCGCAGUAUCCGUGGAUUGCUCGCGUGGUACACUCGCGCACAGCCGAUGUUCCUCACAUGUGCACCGCUGUUUGUAUCGCCGAAGCUAUUUUCAUUACUGCCUCGAGAUGCAUUCAUUACCUAAAAGUAAAUCACACGACGAUAAUUUAUAUGUCGAAGCGCUUCGACGCACUAGCAUUUGUGAUACCUUCAGAGCCAACAAAACAGGCUUUUGACGACAUAGGGUUCAUCGUGGUAGAUGACAAAAGCUUUAACAGGCUGGACUGGCCUGCUAUACAACUGUUCGAUAGCAUGAACAGAACAGACGAAAUGUUUACUUGGUUCUCUGAACUCGUGUCGCUUAAGUACAAAGUCGUUGGAUAUGCUAUGAAAAAGGGUUACGAAAGAAUACCGUCACAAGAGCAGCAAUUUAAUCUUACGGAAUUGGAUGUCGUCGUAAGCAUGGAGUUAUGCCCUAAAUUAAUAAAAUUUAGGAUUAAAAAACGUACAGGGUUCGCCGUCCCUUGUUAUCACUCAUGCACUUUACAACAAUUCGAAAAAAAUAUCGACAGAUGUUACAACUAUCAUGGCGUGGAGGGUGGUGCCGUUAUAACAAAUGUAAUGGGUUAUAACAAAUUAAUGGGAGUAGCGACUUGGGGCCCUUCUAUCAAGGACUAUGAGUUGCCCGUUGGAUUCGCAGUGGUUAAUUCCGAAAACUUUUUCAAAGACUUCACGUGUGCGACCAAGAUAAGGGAUGAUAAUGGAUUGCUGAUUACAAAGGGAUAUUAUCAGACUUUGUGUAACAGCGGCUAA